AUGGAUGACAUUGCCGACCUCGUUCUCACCCCAUUCAGAGACAUUGUCGAGAAGGGGAGGACAGCUGUUCAGAAUGCGGGUGACACACAGCCAAUGCUCAAGGCUUCCCAGGCCUUGCUCAAGGAGGGCGAACGUGCUCUCAAGAGGAUAGAGCCGCUAUGUAAAAAGCACUUUGACGAUUAUGGGCCAAACUUUGUUGCAGCCCUGAGAGACAAUGAGGAUAUCGCCCAGUUUCGGCUUCAGCUUACAGAUAUGCUCUGGGAGUUUGAUGACUAUAUUGAAGUAGACGACUUUGAUGCUGCCAAAUUCACUGAGCUUCAGAUGCAGUCGCGUGCGGCAGCUCCAAAGAUUUACGACAUCCUGUUGAAGAUGAAGCUCGAGGCACCUGCUCAGUUCAAUUCUCAGCAUUUCAUGUCCCAGCUGUCUCCCCCUUCAUCGCCUCACCCCAUGCCGACUAUGCUUAUGCCGCAGAUGCCGCCGACACCUUCAGUUACUAGCUCCAGCUAUGCUGGCAGAGACUCUGUGUCCAGCUCCAAGACCGACAGCAGGUCUGUCGGGGAUGCAGCUCCCGCUGAGACUGCCAACGAGCAGCUGAGAGUGCUGCUCGACAAGGCAUUCAAUACUAGUAACAAUACUAAUAGCAUCGACCUCAUGUCUCCCCCGAUGCCACCUCCGGAUAGGGCGUUGCCUAUGCCCCCGCCACCUCCUCCAGCGGCAGUGGAUCAAUUACCUCCACGACCGCCGUCAACCAACCCAUGGGACAUUAGGGUCAAGACUGUUGCUUCUGAUGAUGAACGGCCACUGCGAGACGGGCCUCAAGCCCGCCGGCGACCACCAGUUGAUCCAGCGCUCCAAACUCCGGUUGAAGGCCAUUCACCAAACAGUCCGCUCACUUCUGCAAAGAACUUCUCAGUUCCGCGAUCCAACUAUUCAGAAAGCACUCGUAGCUCAUCGUUAAUGCCAGACAGCGCUCGCAGCUCGGGAUUAUUGCAAGAAUAUACUCUUGACGGAGACCACAAGCACUCGUCUCUUACCAGCCAAUUGACAGACUACAGCAUGAGUCCCACUCAAGUCUCACGCCCACGAGCACCAAGCAGUACUACUAGCUACAGCGCCAGCACCCCGACCAUACCUGAGGAAAUGUCGCGAGAAAAGGCCAUCAGAGCGAGGAGUACUUCACGACCCCGCGCUGUCAUGUAUUCGCCAAUGCCGUAUCGAUCACAGCCACGGCCACGUCAGCCCUCAUAUCCGACUACUGCUGAGGAGCGCGUGGAGGACGUAAAGCCUGGUCCCAGAAACGAUUCGCUCAGUGAUGCCGCACAACCUCCUAUCUCUGAGCGAAGGUUGUCAGACGCCGAGAGUUUGCUGGAUCCAAACCCCCUUCCGGUCAGUACAAGGCCGCCUGCCUAUGAUAGGCGGCCAAGUGCUGUCAAUACAGAGCAACAAACCCAGCAACCACCUGCGUCGGGCCUCGAGCUUGGUCGCCGUAGCACGGGCCUGACCGCAAAUGAGAUCCCAGAUAGUGGCCUGAUCCCGGUAGACUCUUCUAUGCCUGGUGCUGCUCUAGCCAAUCUACCUCCCCAAGAUCUCACAAUCGACAACCAGAGUUCGUUUUACGUGAUGAAACAAUUCUGUGCCGGAGCUACCGACGUCAUCAACGGUGGGAUCGGUGUGAAGAGGAUAAAGAAACCCGGUUUUUCUAUUACAGCUGUUGCUGCCAAGUGCACGCACUGCUUAUACGAGCUGGACUUUAAGCAUGUUGAGUACGAUCUCAACAAACAAGAGGAGGGCAACUAUACCAAGAAUGGCAUCGGAUACCGCUUGCGUUUCUUACAGAAGAGCCAUUUGCACGCAAAGCGGGUUGACGACGUCAUGUAUGCAUGUGUCUUUUGUAUUCAUACCAGCCGAACUCUCGACCAAAGCGACUCAACUGUCUUCACAUCGACCGCCGCAUUGUUUGCCCAUCUGGCUCGCCACCCUCGGCCGCUUCCAGAUGUUCCUGGCAUUGCUGUGGUAGACCAGACUGAGGUUCCGCCUCAUUUGGUCAAUGACUAUGAUCUUUUGUUUAACAGCCCGCCCGAGCCUCAUCCGGUCCGCGAAAGGGCAGUAGAGAUUGCUCACCUGCCCACAGGUCAUGCAAAGGAGUCGGCCAGAAGACUCUUUGGCCAAAGACUGCUCCCUGACAGGACACCAGCUUUGGAAUUGAUACAAGGCGCAAAGAUCACGGGAGUACAAUGGCCUGCUCGAUAUGGAGGAGAAUGGGCUUUUGGAUGGCACGAUGGUGUAUUCGCAUCGAUCCCUGUCGAAAUCUUAAAGCUGGAUCGACCUCCUUUUAGCCAGAUUAAGAGAAACAACUCAAGUCGCGUUCGAGCCAAAGCCAGGUGGAAGUUUUCAGUCAAGGAAAAGAAUGAAGACUGGCUCAAGUUUGACAAGGACGAGGUCAUCACCAAUAUAAGCUGGCCAUAUCCAGAGUAUUGGUGCUGGUCAGGCACAAACGCAAAGGGCAAAUGGGGAGUCUUCCCUCAGGCUUUCCUUGACCCAAACUCAUUGCAGGAGAUAUCUUCCAUGAUUGGCUCAGACCGGUCCAGCAUUCUCAGCAACGAGAAGAACAAAUCGAGCACCAUGCUGCCAAGCUUUUCCACACGGAGCAAGAAUGGACGCCCAGCUAGCAUUGCCGGAUCGACAAGCAGUGGAGAAACGACACGAUCCGGAUUUGGCUCCAGACGCUUACGAGGACUGCGGGGAGACUAA